AUGCACCCUGGGUCCCCUGUAGUCCCUGAGGUCUCCGAGCCUGGGCCCCGAGAGCUGUGUGCCUUCGUGAGCGGGGCUUCGGCCCCCAUGCUGCGAGCCCUGCAGCCCAGGCGAGCCCGACCCCCUAGGCGCAGGCCCAACCACCGGAGGUUUCUACACAACCAGAUCUGCAGGCAGUUUGCCAAGAUUGAAGCUGCCACCCAGCACCUGGCCCUGUCCAUCCUGUCUCAAAAACCACCUGCCCAGAGACCACCACCCCGAAGGCCACCUCCACCAGCGCCUCCAUCCCCCUUUGUGGGGGUGGCAUGUGCUGAGGCCCCCAUGGAAGUGCCUCAGAACAGCCCCAGCCCGAGCCUAGCCGCCCUGGACGCCUCGACCCUUGACCUAUUUGAUGACAUUCUGCUUACUCCUACAUCUCCUUUGGUGACUCCUGACAGCUUCUGCCAGACUCUCACUGCUGGUAGCCCCCAGGUGACAUCUGAUUUCAUCUCUCACACUCUGGGCCCAGGAGACCAGAGACAACCAAGCCCAAUACAGGCUCCAAGGUUCUCCAGUCCUCUGCUCCCUCCCCAGAAUGCCCAUGGGGGAAGUCAGCCUGCAGCUCCAGGCUGGGGUUGGGUGGAAAGUUGGGAGGCACCUGGUGCCUGGGAUCCUCAGGGAAUCCUAGAUGGCUGGGGAACACUUUGAAACCCACUCACAACACAGGCCACACCCAUCUCAGGCCCAACCAACCUCUCUUCACCUGACAGACCUGAGACUAUAGCUCAGUUGGAAGAGCGCUUGCCUAUCAUGCAAGAAGCCCUGGGUUCCUUGCCCAGAACCCCAUAAACAUCUAAAAUAAACCCAAGCCCAGACUCCCACUGUGCACCAGAGCUGUGCUCCCAGA